GAGAGAGAGAGAGAGAGAGAGAGAGAGAGAGAGAGAAAGAGAGAGAGCAGGAGGGGAUAGAAGUUGUCCAGACUGUGUGUGUGCAUGUGUGUGUGUAAUUUGGCAGGAGCUGGGACACAGCAGUACAGAAUACCCAACAUGGCAGAAAGCACAGACAUGGACCAGCUUCUGAACUCCUUUAAGAAGUUUGCCAUCCAUGGUGACACCAAAGCCACUGGGAAGGAGAUGAAUGGGAAAAACUGGGCUAAAAUAUGCAAAGACUGUAAAGUCAUUGACGGCAAAAACGUGACCAGCACUGAUGUUGAUAUUGUCUUCACCAAAGUCAAAGCAAAGACAUCUCGGGUCAUAACAUAUGAGGAGUUCCAGAAAGCGCUGGAAGACUUGGCUCCAAAGAGGUUCAAAGGUCAAAACAAAGAGGAGGCACUAAAGUCUAUAUAUCAGUUAAUUGAGGGCAAAGAACCUACCAACGUUGGUGUAACGAAAGUGGCAAAAACUGCCGCAGUUGACAGAUUAACCGACACUACAAAAUAUACCGGCUCUCACAAGGAACGCUUCACUGAGAGUGGGAAAGGCAAAGGAAAAAGUGGACGGGAGGAGAUUGUAGAGCACACAGGCUACGUAGGGGCCUAUAAGAAUGCUGGAACUUACGACGAGAAGACGAAGGCCAAGUAAGGCCCCAUGAUGUCCAUUUCAACACAUUCUAAGCUCUGAGCUCCAUCUUCAUCAGCACUUAGAUCUGGACCAAAGCCAAACUUGAACUUUGACCUAUAAGUCACUCAGACACAAAGCAGUGUAUUAACACUGUGAUUCAAAGGAAGUGUUAUUAAUGUUUGUCUUUAAAACAUACGGAUAGGCCUACAGAACAUGGUAUUAUGGUCGGUUUUCAUUAGAAAGUUGACAUAUGGUCAGAGAGGAACUUGUCUUACUCCUAAGAUUUCAUCAUAAAGGUGGGGAACCAGAUACGAAGUAUAUCCGUUUCAGUUUUUGUGUUGCUGUGUAAUGACUCUAACAAAAUAUUAAUCUAAACGUCACUGUUCCAGGGAAGGAGAGAGAGGAUAGAGUGCCCUUUAAGUGUUUUUUCUUCCAACGUGCGUAAGGCUGCUUUAAAUGAUUGCUAUCAUUAAAUUAUCACACAAAUUCCUUGCUAAAAAUUGAAUAACAGCAAAGUGAUUCUUCAAAAUUCCUAAAUGGUGAACAGUUUUACAUGUGUAUAAUGUAUAUCCUUAUGUUGUUCUGAUUUCUGUCAUUCUGUAUCUUUCUUUUGCUUAGUUAUUCUACUGUGUUACUGAAACUGGAAAUUGCAUCACAAUGUUGUUUAAACUGUUACUUAAUAUUAUGUUGGUUAUGUAUUUUACUUCUGUUGGUUUGUAUUUUGUUCUAAUCUAGAUAACAAAUAAACUAUAUAA